AUGCCUGUCUACAAUACUGACUCGACCAAAGGGCUUAGGAAUGCCAUCUUCGACUUCAUCAUCAUCGGCGGAGGCACCACCGGCCUGGUCGUCGCCAACCGGCUGACCGAGCGAUCCGAUAUUCGCGUCCUGGUCCUCGAAGCCGGCACUAACCGACUCGGCAAUCCUCGCACUCAAAUCCCAGCCCUGGGACCGACAACAUACGCAGACCAAGACUUUGACUGGGAUCUACCAACCUUACCACAGGAACAACUACAUAACCGCUGCUUGUUUGGGACCAAGGGCCGCACGUCGGAGGGUCCUCUGUCAUCAACCAGGGACUGGUAG